UUCAGAAAGCCAUUCUCCAUGCUAAUAAGUCAAACAAUGGUUAUUAGUUCCCAUAUUAGUUUUUCUUUCAAAACAAACAAUGGUUAAUUAAUUAACUCUAUUUUCUUCUCCUUUUACCUUUUCCAUACCAUAAACAAAGUUAAUGGCUUCGUGCUUCUCCUCUUUUUCUUUUUCGUAUUUUCCUAAUCGUGUAAUCUUACGAAAUUUAUAACAGAGAUUCUUAAUUGGAGCGCGUUAAGUCACUGCGUAUCGAUUCGAAUCAUAAAAAUUUUCAUACUAAUUUCGAUUCGUUUUUUGUUUUUGGUUUCGCUUUCACGCAAAUCAAGGAGCUCAGAUCUUCGAAUCGUGAAAAUACGAAGUGAAUCGCGAGAGAUAGAUAGAUAGAAAUGUGGUCAAUGGGUCUGAUAAGGCGUUCGGCAAUGUCCUGCGCGAUUACAGCUUCUUCGCAGAGGACAUGGCUUAGUGGUGGUGGUGGGUUAAGGAGCCUCACCGUCAAAAUAUCGCCGGAGGAAGAGGAGGAGAAGAAUAAGAAUAAGGAGUUAACAGUAGCGGAGGCGAAGAGGCUAAUGAGGCUAGUGAAUGUUGAAGACAUGAAGAAGAAGCUUGCUGGUAUCGCGGAGAGAGACGUCGUCCCUUACAAUGCACUUUUAGAAGCUUCUCAGGGAAUGGGUAUCGCUAGAUCCCCCGAACAAGCUCACGUCUUCGCUCGUGUCCUCGACGACGCCGGAGUCGUCUUGAUCUUCCGGGAUAAAGUCUAUCUUCACCCAGAUAAGGUGGUGGAUCUAAUCAGACGAGCGAUGGCUCUGGAUCAGGAGGAUCCCGAGGAAGAGCAAAUCAAGGACGAAUUCAACAAGAUGAGAACCAUGAAGGAAGAGAUCGAUGUAUUGGCUCACAGACAAGUGAGGAAGAUUCUCUGGUGCGGUCUGGCUACAUCGAUGGUUCAGAUUGGUCUAUUCGUUAGGCUCACUUUCUGGGAAUUCUCGUGGGAUGUGAUGGAACCAAUCACGUUCUUCGCUACAGCGACUGGGAUCAUCGUGGGUUACGCCUAUUUCUUGAUAACUUCGAGAGAUCCGACUUACCAGGAUUUCAUGAAGAGACUCUUCCUCUCGAGGCAGAGGAAGCUGUUGAAGAGACAAAAGUUUGAUGUGGAGAGGUUUCAGGAAUUGGCGAGGAUCUGUAAAACGACGUCGUCUUGCCACGCAGCUGCGUCCAUAAGGAAUCGUGUUGGCUUAGAACUUGACCUGGAGGAUUGUUUGGAGAGCCGCAAAGAUUGAUUUAAAAUUUGGGUGCCCAAGAUCAUCAGUUCUUUGCAAAAGUCACACUGAUUGUUUUCGAUCAUCUUUAUGCUGCUUAUACAUAAGUAACCAUUGAUAUAUUGGAAAGGAUUUGGUGUAAGCAGCCAUUUUUUUUUUUUGGGUGUAUAGAUAAUUAGAUACACAGAUGAUGGGUUGGAUCAAAAGGAAGUAUAAAUGUUUUGAAAGUAAUGCUAUGCCAUUGGUCUAUGGAGUUAUGAAUGUCUGAUUUU